UUUUUCGUGACAAGUUCAUCAGUCGGAAACCGCACUAUGGCAUCUCACUUUGCACUGUCAGUUUUCCUCGCUUUGCUCUUUCCCUGCAUUUAUGUAGAUGCUGACACUCCUGCUAACUGUAGCUAUGAAGAGAUAAGUGGAUCAUGGCUUUUUUCGAUCGGAGAAGGAGGCCACGACAACACCAUCGACUGUUCCUCGUUCAAACCUGUCUCUGAGCUUCAAGUGACUUUGUUGUUUCCUGAUGUCGCAGUUGAUUCCGAAGGAAAUGUCGGCUUUUGGACAUUGAUCUACAAUCAAGGCUUUGAAGUGAAUAUAAACGGAGUGGUGUAUUUUGCGUUUUCAGCUUACGAGAAGAGUGGUAAAAAAGUAACCAGUUUUUGCGACAAAACUUUAAACGGAUGGAGUCAUGCCGCAAAGGGUUAUCAUGCCGGAGAUUGGGCUUGUUACAGCGGGAGAAAAGUUUUGGGGAAGGUCCCACCUAAAAUACAUGACUCAACACAACUUUCAAGUGACAAUAGAAAGUUUAUCCCUAAUCAGGAAUUUGUUGACCAAAUAAACAAUGUUCAGAGCUCUUGGAAAGCUGUGGUGUAUGAGGAUUAUAGUGGGAUGACUGUGGCACAGUUAAUUGCUCGUGCAGGUGGACCAAAUAGACUUAAUUUUCCUAAACCAAGCCAACCAACAGAGGCAGAUCUGUUAAAAGCUGAAGUGCUCCCAGAAGAGUUUGACUGGAGAAAUGUUGAUGGGAAAAACUUUGUCAGUCCAAUCAGAAAUCAAGGUAGUUGUGGCAGCUGCUAUGCCUUUGCGACUAUGGCCAUGUUUGAGGCUCGUGUUCGAGUCUUGUCAAAUGCAACUAAAACACCAGUGUUCUCGCCUCAAGAUAUUGUCAGCUGUUGUGAAUAUGCACAAGGUUGUGAAGGAGGUUUCCCUUAUCUUGUUAGCAAGUAUGCCCAAGACUUUGGUUUGGUGGAUGAAGAAUGUUACCCAUAUGAAGGCAAAGACUUACCCUGUAAUGAGAAGAAGUGCUCAAGGCAGUUUGGGACUGGUUACCACUAUAUUGGAGGGUUUUAUGGAGGAUGUAAUGAGGAGCUUAUGAGGAUUGAAUUGGUGAAGAAUGGCCCCAUAAGUGUGGCCUUUGAAGUCUAUAGUGACUUUUUUAAUUAUAAAGGUGGAAUAUACCAUCACACAGGUCUGACAGACAAAUUUAAUCCCUUUGAGAUAACCAAUCAUGCUGUAUUGGCCGUGGGAUAUGGAGCUGAUAAAAAGACUGGUGAGAAGUUCUGGAUUGUGAAAAACAGUUGGGGAAAGGAAUGGGGUGAGAGUGGUUACUUCCGUAUCCGACGAGGGACCGAUGAAUGUUCGAUUGAAAGCAUCGCUGUCUCGGCUCAGCCGGUAAUGGAAUGAGGCUCAAGUAUUGUAAUUGUAAAAAUUUGAUGUAAUCGGCUGUGAUCGUUAACGAUGCAGUAAAGCCAAAAUUUUGAUGUCAAUGGAUUUCCUACGAAUCUAGUUUGGAUCUGUUAACUUUCAAAAUAGUAGUAACCUUUAAGAGAUGAUUCUGAAGGAAAUUCAGAUUUAAUUAUUGACAUCUGAUUAAUUCAGAAUAAAGUUAUUUUUCCUAACACGA